AUGGCGGAGAAGAAUAAAACCUGCGCAACGGCCUCCCCCAGCAGCCGCCUCGGCGCGGACAGGGAAGGCGAACCGGGUGGCCUCCGCCGCGGAGGAACAACCGCGACGACCAAACGAGUCCGGUGGACGGUCGGCGGGAAAAAGCCGGGGGCGGAGCCUGAGGGGAGCUCGGGGGCGGGGCCUGAGGGGAGCUCGGGGGCGGGGCCUGCGGAGAGGCCACGCCCCGCGCCUGCGCACCGUCCAUCCCCGGGAUCAAUUUCGCGCUGUCCCCGGGGGUGUGGGAGCCGUGCUGAGGCGGCGCGUGCGCAGUGUGGCGCCGCGCGCACCUUUUGGCGACGUUCGCUGAGGCGCUCGGCGUUGCGGGCGGCGGUGGAGGAGGAGAUGCUGCUCGCCCGGCUGGCGAGAAGGAGCCGCCGUUGCCCCGGCGGGUUGCGGAGGAGCCCCCACCCGGUGACCGCCGCCGGCGGCAGCGCCUCGCAGCGCCCCUCCGGAGCUCUGAGGGCCGCCUCUACUGUCGGCGGCGGGGCGCGGGGCGGAGGCGCUCCCCCGGCAGGUUCUAGUAAUGUAAAGCCAUUGGAUGGUGUGAAAAUUCUUGAUUUAACAAGGGUGCUUGCAGGGCCCUUUGCCACAAUGAAUUUGGGAGAUCUCGGAGCUGAAGUUAUCAAAGUGGAAAGACCAGGAGCUGGUGAUGAUACAAGAGCCUGGGGCCCACCUUUUGCUGGAACAGAGAGUGUUUAUUUUCUAAGUGUCAAUAGAAAUAAAAAGAGUAUAGCUAUCAACAUGAAGGAUUCAAAAGGAGUAAAGCUAAUCAGAGAGCUUGCAGCAGUGUGUGAUGUUUUUGUGGAAAACUACAUCCCUGGGAAACUGGCUGAAAUGGGUCUAGGUUAUGAAGACAUGAAAAAGAUUGCUCCUCACAUAGUGUACUGUUCAAUAACAGGUAUUUUAAUUUCAACUACUU